AUGAAAGGAGCGUGCUUUUGCGGCGCGGUUUCGUACGAGGUGACGGGGGAUCCUACCCUCCGUGCGUUCUGCCACUGCACGCUCUGUCAACGUCUGACGGGCAGUCCUUUCAUCCACACCGUACACUUCCCAUCGAGCGCUUUUUCAUGGACUCACGGUGCGCCACACGAAGACCGCCUAGACGCAUACGCCGUCGCGAGCAAGCCGCACAAGACCCGCUGGCGGUGCAAGACAUGCGGCGCGUGUGUGAUGUCUGCGAACGCGAAGACGGGAAGCUGCAGCGUGUGGGGCGCGCACCUCGCCCGAGAUGAUGCCGGGAACAUAAUCGAUUGGGAGAGGGUAAAGCCGACGGCACACAUGUUUUAUGGGACCAGGAUGCUCGAUGUUGACGACGGCCUGGCCAAAUGGGAGGGUUACGAGAACGGCUCGGCUCGGCUCGAGCUCUAA